CGGCAGCCGAGCAGUGAAGACCUACUUCUCGAUGCUUCACGGCACCACCCUCACGAAUUUUACAGUGGCAAAAGUGUCCCUCGCCGGAUAGGGUUCCGUUAAACAAAAAAACAGUAACGUUGCGAAAUUAAUAGUUCUGUGCUGGAGAGAGAGAGCGUGGCUGAAUUUUGGCGGGCAUGUUUGCAGGAAUUAGUGCGCAACGAAACAAGAGCAAGUGAAAUCGAACACACCCUAGACCAAAACGGGCAAUCAGAGGGCUCUGCCGCAUCCUUCGCUGGAAUGUCAUCAUCGUCAGCCGAAAGGACACCCGUUGCCAAAGGAAACGAAGGGACCGGCGCCAGCGCACCCGCGUCGAUGGAUCCAAGCGUGCCGAAGAAAAUUGUCAGCGCUAUACCGAAGCAAAGACAGCAAUUGCUCAAAUGGAAUGGCUGGGGUUACAAGGAUUCGCGCUUUCUCUACCAGGAUGGAACGAUCAUAUUCACUGGCGAUAGGUAUCCCAUCGGUGGAAAAGUGUCGCUGCCACACUUUCGCGACUACGUGAUCGAGAACUUCAACGUCGAUCUGUCCGAUCGGCGCGAAGGUGUACCGGUGCCGAACGAGUAUCCAGCCCCAGUGCCCUGUCCCGAGUUUCUGGCCGACAUACGAGGCCACGGUAUCGACUGCACGCAGAAUGGCGAAGAUCGGUUGAUCCGGUGCCAUGGACAAACGCUACACGACGUGCACAUGAUGCGCACCGGUACGUUCAAGCGCAUCCCGGACGUGGUCCUGUUUCCCACCUCCCACGAGCAGGUGGAGCAGAUCGUUCAGUCCGCCAACAAGCGCAACGUGGUGCUGAUACCGUACGGUGGCGGUACGUCAGUGUCCGGCUCGGUCACCUGUCCGGAGGGUGAAACGCGCCCGAUAGCGGCCCUCGAUACGUCGCAGAUGAAUCGGAUGCUGUGGAUCGAUCGCCAGAAUCUGGUCGCCUGCUUCGAGGCGGGAAUCGUCGGCCAGGACCUGGAGCGUGAGUUGCGCCAGCUUGGGUUCACCGUCGGGCACGAGCCGGACAGCUACGAGUUUUCCACGCUUGGCGGCUGGGUGGCCACGCGUGCUUCCGGCAUGAAGAAGAACGUGUACGGCAACAUCGAGGAUCUGCUGGUGCGCGUCAAGAUGGUGACCAGCAAGGGUGUGCUGGAGCGAAGUUUGGCCGUGCCGCGGGUAUCCUGUGGGCCCGACUUUAACCAUCUCGUGCUCGGCUCGGAAGGUACGCUCGGUGUGAUCACGGAGGUGGUCAUCAAGAUACGGCCCCUGCCCCAGGUCAAGCGGUACGGUUCGCUCGUCUUUCCCGACUUCGGGUCCGGCAUCCGAUGUUUGCGCGAGGUGGCCCGCGAGCGGCUGCAGCCGGCCAGCAUACGGCUCAUCGACAACGAGCAGUUCGUGUUUGGCCAGGCGCUCAAAAUACCGGGCGGCCCGCUGGCGACGGUGAGCGAGAAGCUGAAAAAGGUGUACCUAACGCGGUGGAAGCGGUUGCAGCUCGAUCGUAUCGCGAUCGCGACACUGCUGUUCGAAGGACACGACGCGCAGGUGAAGCAGCACGAGGCAAAGAUUUUCGCUAUCGCCAAACGGUACGGUGGGUUCUCGGCCGGCAGCAGCAACGGCGAGAAGGGCUACAUUCUUACCUUCGUCAUCGCGUACAUCAGGGACCUGGCCCUGGAUUACAGCAUUGUGGCGGAAUCGUUCGAAACCUCCGUAUCGUGGGAUCGCUGCGAAGCACUCUGUACCAACGUAAAAAGCUGCGUUCGCAAGGAAUGUGCCAAACAUAACAUCCAACACUACCUCAUCUCCUGCCGGGUAACGCAAACGUACGAUGCUGGCGCGUGCGUGUACUUUUACUUCGGCUUUAACCAUGCCGGCUUCUCGAACCCCGUCACCAUUUACGAGGAAAUCGAAAACAAGGCGCGCGAUGAAAUCCUCGCCUCCGGUGGUUCCAUCUCGCACCAUCACGGUGUGGGCAAGAUACGAUCGCGCUGGUACCCGCAGAGCGUCUCCGAUGUCGGUGUACAGCUGUACAAGGCAACCAAGCGGGAGCUAGAUCCAAACAACAUCUUUGCCGCUGGCAAUCUCAUCCCGGCCCAGCUGCAGGACACCAACGAACCCACCAGUCUGAAAGCAAAGCUGUAAAGGCAGACACAUGACGCCCCGUUCAAUGAUCCCGUCUAGCAAGCAUGGCAAUAAUGGCAAAACAAAACAACAAAACCCAUAAAACUAGUAAACUGCUCCACCGCUUCACAGCGGCGGAAGUGAUGCAAUGGUCGGGCUGCAUAUGAUGCACGAUCAGUCAUGAUCACUUUCGUCCCAUCACCGGAAGCAAUGUGUUCGUCGUUUUCGUUACAGCAGAAAAAACAAGGUAACAGUAAAAAAGCGAGACACAGAGAAAGAGAUAGAGAGAUUGAAAGAGAAAGGGAGAGUGAGAUAGAUAGAUAGAGAGAGAGAGAGAGAGAGAGAGAGAGAAAGAGAGAGAAAGAGAGCAAUAUUCUUCAUUCUGUGUCGGCUUACAUCGCAAUAGAGGGAACGAAUUUUAUCUUCGCCGGCUUCAACGUAGCAGAAACAAGUUAACAUACACAUUCCAUGCCCUCCCGUAGUAGCUUACUGAACGUAAUGUAUUAUUUAGGUGUUUUUGGGUUUGCUCUGUGACAUUUUAUGGUUAUUUGUUUUGCGCUCCUUUGAUAAGCUGCCAGCAGUCAAUUUUAUGGGGCAUCAAAAGGUAGAUGAUAACGAAUUGAAUUGUGUGAUUAAUUUUGUUAGCGCAAUUUUACAUCCAAUACACACCGGUGCGCUUUUUGCUAAGACCGUCAAUUUUAGUUGCGAAUUGGAAACAAACAAUAAUACAAAUAUCUUUACUUUUGAUUCUA